CUCACGGCCCGUACGGUGGAAUUCAUAAGUAGCGGACUAGAAGAUGAGGCGAAAAAGGAAAGUAGAAAAUGUUCAAAACAUUUGUAUGGAUCGUAAUACGCCAACUUUUAAAAUGUUCUCACUGCUGAAGUCCUGGAUUGUGCUGCUGUCUUUCACAAGCAUGUGGCGCUGCGAGGCAGUGCAGGUGUACAUGAGGGAAGAACGUAGGUUCGCCAUGCUUUUCCAGUCAGUGGUCCUGCCAUGCCAGUACUCCACCGUCUCCACCCAGACGCCUGUGGUGCAGUGGUGGUACAAGUCCUACUGUCGGGACCGCACACGGGAGGCCUUCAGUUUCCCAGAGAACCUGGUGGUGCGUGUGUCUGACCUGGGCUCCUACUCCCACCUGGACUGUGCCGACAGUGCGCGCACGGUACGGAUUGUGGCCUCCAAACAUGGAUCAUCCAUCACCCUCGCAGAGUACUACAGGGGCCGAGACAUCUCUAUCAUCAAUAAGGCUGACCUGCGUAUUGGGGAAUUGCAGUGGGGGGACAGUGGCGUGUAUGCCUGCAAGGUGGUGAUCGCCAACGACCCAGAGGGCAAGAAUGAGGCCCAGGUGGAGCUCCUGGUUCUGGGUCAGACAGGUGUGGCUGACGAUCUGCUGCCUGAGUUUGACUUGGAGAUUAUGCCAGAGUGGGCAUUUGUCGGAGCUGUAGUCUUUGGGAGCUUCCUGUUUAUCCUCCUGCUGGGUGUUUGCUGGUGUCAGUGCUGCCCUCACUCCUGCUGCUGCUAUGUACGAUGCUGCUGUUGCCCAGAUACCUGCUGUUGCCCUCGUCACCUGUAUGAAGCAGGGAAAGGUAUAAAGACAGCACCAUCGACACCAGUAGCCAUGUAUCCUCCAUACUUCAUGCAAGGCAUGCCUACCAUGGUACCCAUCGCUCCUCCCUCCUUCAUUGACCCCAAGAUGUCUGCCACACCAUCUGUCGAGAACAACGCCUCUGGAGUGCACAACGCGUACCGUCUGCAGCCCGCGUCGGAUCAGAACUCUCUGAAGGUGCUGCAGUAUGUGGAAAAGGAGCUGGCGCAUUUCAACCCCUCCAAGACCCUCAGCAGUCAUGGCUCUUGCAGUAUGUCAGAGCUCAGUUCACUGCAUGAAAUGGAGACAGACUUCCACCAGAACUAUCUGCACGUUCAGAAGAAGGCCCUUCCAGCCAUUCCAGAUCUGGACAACCCUGCUGACCUUCUGUCCAAAGAGAUUGCUCCUUCCCAUGUGCGGAGAUCUGCUCGGCACCCUCACCGUGGCAAUCGGUUGGAGGAGGAUUACCCCAGGUGGAAUCCUCGUUCGGAACACCUGCAGAGGAAGGCGUUCCAAAUGGGUGGACGCACAGGCUCCCUUGAUGAACUUGAGGAAUUUGCCAUGUCCUACAUGCGGCGGGAUCGCCAUGGAGACAUCAGUGACCUGGAGGAUGAUUACUGGACACAUGAACGGCAGAGGGAGCGCACAAGAGAGCGUGACAGAGACCGUGAACGAGAACGAGAGCUGGAUCGCGAACGUUAUCCAUACUACAGCUCAAAUUGUUACUACUCGAAGGGCAGUCCGGAGAGACACAGGGACCGGCCUCGCCCUCCCAGUCCCCCUCCUCACUUACAUGGAAACAGCAAGAGACGAGGCACCUGGGACAGCGAUCGGCCAAUCCCACGCAGGGAUGCCACUGAACGCGAGGACUCCAGGGGGCAGGAUGGUGAAAGUGGGCAGGACUAUGAUGACACUCUUCUUAUCAGCUUAUUAGAGCGCAAAGCAAAAGCAGGGAGGACAGUGUCGUCCAAAAGUGGGCAUACUGAGGACGAUUCUGACACGCCCUCCAAGAACAGCUCAAAAAAAACCACUAGUCACAGUCAGUCGCCUAGCAGUGGCUCGCCCGGUAACCGACCAGCAAAGGAGGAUGACUCCCUACCACCAUAUGCAGAGAGGGAGCUAGAGCGAUCCCAAGGUGGCAAGACAUCCCAGCGGCCUUUUGGCUACACCCGCUCUGCUAAGGCCUCCCAAGUGAACCCCAAGGGCCGGGAGCAACAAAGCAGGACCCGCAAAGUGAGACCCUCCAGAGUUUGAGGUCACUGGAAGCAUAACUAGCCCUGAGGAUGACCUCCAAUAGGGGCUGAAGGAACACACCAGCCACAGAGAACAUAAACUCAUUGUGACAUCACACGAGGAUGAUCUCACCAUCUGAUACUUGGAGUAAAGCAUCAGUCUUUUGGUAAUCUGUUCAUGUUGUUGUGCGAGAUCAGACCCUGGGUGAGGUUUAUCUGACUUUAGUUGCAUUCUCCAAUAUGUGUCAUUUUUUGCCAUACUUGAUGUAAUGUGUUAAUUAACAGUGCCUUAUUUUAUGCGCUGUAAAGUCUGAAGUGCUUGUUUUUUUUCAAAAAUAUAUGUAUUAAAAGUGAACGUGAUGGCACUGAAACUUCACUUAUUAAUAUAAUGCUCUUCUUGCCUAUGAGAUCUGUUUUUUACCUACAGAUAUGUAGUGCCUUCUAUUACUUUGCUGUAUCCAGCAUUUAUGUUGAUUUUUUUAUGUUUUAUGGGUCUAAGCUUGUACCAGUUAUUAUAUUAUCAACUUUGAUCUCAAUACAAAACAAACAAACAAACAAACAAAAAUACCAACAAGCUCUUAACGUUUCAGUAAAGCCAUGCUGACUGUCUUUUUACUACAGUAUGUAGCCAACUAUGAAGUGUUAACUGAUGCUUUGUGCCUGCAUUUGGUAUGUUGUUGUGUUCUAGUUGUGUAAAUGAGAGUGUUUCACCACAGAUGACGCAUACGCUAAGAGUACUUGUCCAUUGUUAUCACAUAAUAAGUGUCUCUCUGGUAGACGACUCAGUCCCACUACAUACAAGCACUAGGUUGUACUCACCUUUUAUACUCAAAUAGUGAUGCCCUGCACACAAUAAACACAUUACAUGAAAACUAACAAAUAGGAACAAAAAGUAAUACAUUUGUCUUAUGCACACAAUCACUGUUUUUAUAACACUAAGCGUGUUAUAAAUUGAUUAAUUAAUACAUUGAUGUUGAUUAAUUUUUGUUGAUGCCUAUUCUAGAUUUAAAAGUAAUAGCAGAACUGUGUUCCCCAUAAAGGACACACAUUUGGUAUGUUUAGUUACAUGUUACUCUUAUGCUAUUUUCAGAACAGCCUGACCAACACUGCCAAAUUAACUUAUUUAUUUUGCUCUAGAAAUACCAUCUUACUCCCUGUCACAUCAAUGUGGAUUGCACAUCCCUGUUCACCCAAUAAAAAAUAUCUAAA